CGAAGACUCUCCAUGGCUUUUAGUUUUACCCUUUUAUGUAAACCCUAGAGGUCUCUAGAUUUGCACCAGCCAUCGACUGUGCCCAGGCGGUCAGGCCCCAGGCUACAAGCCCUAGACCUCCAAGCGGUGACGACUCUCGCAGACCUCCACGAGUUACGAACUUACGAUGAUGCUGAUCGUAUUGAUCCAGGAGAUCAUCCAUGGCGGAUCCAUGAGCGGUUAAUUAUGAACACCUGGACAGUGUCUCAAAGUUGCAGAAAACUCAGAGAUUCAUUGAAACAAUAAAAGUGGAGGAUGCAGGUUCCGAUGUCACUGAUCACCGAAUGGUAUUGAAAGAUCAUGAUUCAGAAUACCAAUUGCUUGUUGAUUACUUGUAAUUCGUUGUUAGUUGCAAUCGAUAAUCAAAUUGUUAUUAUCCACAAUUUUGAAUCGUGACAAGUACCGGGUACAAUUUCUAGAGCUGAAAACUGUUAUCAUCCACAAUUUAAAGGGAGGGGUGAGUGGUGGUAGAACGUAAUAUAAAUGAGCCAAGUUUCCCCAUACAAACUCGCACCGUUCACUUCUCCAAGAUUUAUGUCAGUUGGCUCUCUUUCCAUCUCUUCCUCUGCUCAACGUCUCUCUGUCGCUCGCUUCUCCUCCCUCCGUCGCGCUUCCUUAAGAGCAAUGACGUCCCACAUUGUUGGCUACCCCCGCAUGGGGCCAAAGAGAGAGCUCAAGUUCGCUUUGGAAUCUUUCUGGGAUGGCAAAAGCAGUGCUGAGGAAUUGCAGAAUGUAGCAGCAGAUCUGAGAUCAUCCAUCUGGAAGCAGAUGGCUGAAGCUGGAAUCAAGUACAUUCCUAGCAACACCUUCUCGUACUAUGAUCAGGUCUUGGACACCACGGCAAUGCUCGGAGCAGUUCCUGCUAGAUAUGGCUGGAAUGGCAAUGAGAUUGGGUUUGAUACCUACUUCUCUAUGGCCAGAGGUAAUGCCUCUGUCCCUGCUAUGGAAAUGACCAAGUGGUUUGACACCAACUACCACUUCAUUGUCCCUGAAUUGGGACCAGAUGUCAACUUCUGUUAUGCCUCUCACAAGGCUGUUGAUGAAUACAAGGAGGCCAAAGCUCUUGGUAUUGAUACUGUCCCUGUCCUGAUUGGCCCCGUAUCCUACUUAUUGUUGUCAAAACCAGCAAAGGGUGUGGAGAAAUCAUUCUCUCUUCUUUCCCUAGUUGACAAACUGCUACCUAUCUACAAGAAAGUUGUGUCAGAACUAAAAGGAGCUGGAGCGACCUGGAUACAAUUUGAUGAACCAACUCUUGUAAUGGAUCUUGAGCCUCACCAAUUGCAUGCAUUCACGGAGGCCUAUUCUGAGCUAGAGUCAUCUUUAUCUGGGUUGAAUGUUCUGAUUGAGACAUAUUUCGCCGAUGUACCAGCUGAGGCAUUCAAAACCCUUACCUCUUUGAAGGGCGCUACCGGAUUUGGGUUUGACUUGGUCCGUGGAACAAGGACGCUUGAAUUGAUUAAGGGAGGAUUUCCUUCUGGAAAGCACCUGUUUGCUGGAGUUGUCGAUGGGAGAAACAUCUGGGCUAAUGAUCUUGCUUCUUCCCUUGGCACCCUGCAGACUCUUGAGGGAAUUGUUGGAAAAGACAAGCUUGUUAUCUCGACAUCAUGUUCCCUACUGCACACUGCGGUGGAUCUUGUGAAUGAAACUAAGUUGGACAAUGAGAUCAAAUCGUGGCUUGCUUUUGCAGCACAGAAAAUAGUCGAAGUAAAUGCAUUGGCAAAAGCAUUGGCUGGACAAAAGGAUGAGUCAUUCUUCUCUUCUAAUGCUAAGGCUCAGGCUUCAAAAAAAUCUUCCCCAAGGGUGACAAAUGAGGUUGUUCAAAAGGAUACUACUGCUUUGAAGGGAUCCGACUCCGACCAUUGUCGGGCUACAAAUGUUAUUGACAGGCUGGAUGCACAGCAGAAGCAUUUGAACCUUCCAAUUCUUCCCACCACUACUAUUGGAUCCUUCCCUCAGACCAUGGACGUAAGAAGAGUGCGUCGUGAAUACAAGGCUAAGAAGAUAUCUGAGGAAGAUUAUGUCAAGGUCAUCAAGGAGGAAAUACAGAAAGUUGUCAAACUCCAGGAAGAGCUAGACGUUGAUGUUUUGGUGCAUGGUGAACCAGAGAGGAACGACAUGGUUGAGUACUUUGGUGAGCAAUUAUCUGGUUUCGCUUUCUCUGCCAAUGGGUGGGUCCAAUCUUAUGGGUCUAGAUGUGUCAAGCCUCCCAUCAUAUAUGGUGAUGUGAGCCGUCCCAAGGCCAUGACUGUCUCCUGGUCUUCAAUGGCUCAAAGCAUGACGAAGCGACCCAUGAAGGGUAUGCUUACUGGUCCAGUUACGAUUUUGAAUUGGUCCUUUGUUAGAAAUGACCAGCCCAGACAUGAGACCUGCUAUCAGAUUGCUUUGGCUAUCAAGGAUGAGGUUGAGGAUCUUGAGAAAGCUGGCGUCACUGUUAUCCAGAUUGAUGAGGCUGCCUUAAGAGAGGGUUUACCCCUUAGGAAGUCUGAGCAGGCAUUCUACUUGGACUGGGCUGUUCAUUCCUUCAGAAUUACCAAUUGUGGCAUCAAAGACACCACCCAAAUCCACACCCACAUGUGCUACUCAAACUUCAAUGACAUCAUCCACUCUAUUAUUGACAUGGAUGCUGAUGUUAUUACCAUUGAGAACUCAAGAUCAGAUGAGAAGCUUCUCUCCGUCUUCCGAGAGGGAGUGAAGUAUGGUGCUGGCAUUGGUCCUGGAGUCUAUGACAUCCACUCUCCUAGGAUCCCAUCCACAGAGGAAAUCGCUGACCGUAUCAACAAGAUGCUUCAAGUUCUUGAAAGCCACAUCCUAUGGGUGAAUCCUGAUUGUGGUCUGAAGACACGCAAGUACACUGAAGUCAAGCCUGCCCUCAGCAACAUGGUUGCCGCCGCAAAGCUCCUGCGCACCCAGCUUGCAAGUGCCAAGUGAAUUCUGAUAUUGCCGUGAAAUUGUACGUCCUACAUUUUUUUUGCUUCUUGUUGGAAGCAGCUGUUUCCAUAUUUGUUCUAUUCGUUUUAGGCAGUAAUGAUCAUGUAAUAUUAAUGUUUUUUUUUCUCGUCACU